GUUGAAACCUCAGGCCGUGGACCCAAAAACUCCGAUCGGCUUUGAUUAAUUCUCUUGUUGUUCUCCGGCCACCUCAUCGCUUCAUCGCUUCUCCCUUCUCGACUCGCUUCUUCCUUUCCUUCUCUUCCAUUACUUUGCUUUUCCUUCUCCGUGUUGGGUUUUGUUUCGAGGACUCUCGCCCUCUUAUUAGGUUAGACCCAUUGGUUGAUUACUUGAGCUGUCCAACCUUAUCGUCAUCCCUCAAUUCGCCGAUCAACCUCGACAGGAUCCCCCAGAAAAACAACAGCAAGAGAGAGAAGCAACAGAUAUGUGUGGUCGCCGUAUCCUCGUCAGGUGGAACGGAAUUUGAAAUAGUCGUUCUGUGUGUGUUCUGAUUGUCGGCGCAUUCUGCGGAGAAGCCCCUCUGUUACGACCUCCCGCGGGCGUCCCUCGCAAGUGUCGAUCGAUCCAUCCUCCUCGCUUUCCCCUUCCUGUCGCAUUCCUUCUCCGACAAUGCUCACCCCUCGAAAAGCCCUCUUUGCGGCGCUUGUACUCAUCGCCUUCGUCGUCUAUCUACGGUCGUCGCACUCCACCUCCUCCGUCCCGUCAUCGGCCCAGGUCCAGGUACCCGAUGACGCCGCCUCCGAUCACAGCCGAGAUAAACCGGGGGACCAGACUCAAGGACAGAAGAAGGGUACCCUCCAGAAACCCCUCGCUCCGCUGCCGAGCGCCCCUCUGCGCGACCGCCUCCGCUACCAUUUCCCAUACGACCUGGACGGUAAAUUCCCCGCGUAUAUCUGGCAGACGUGGAAAUACACACCCGCGUCGCUGUGGUUCGGGGAGGAACUGCGGGACCCCGAGGCCAGCUGGACCGAAAUGAACCCGGAUUUCGUCCACCAGGUGGUCCCCGACGACACCCAGCACUACCUGAUCAAGUAUCUGUAUGGAUCGGUGCCCGAGAUCUUCGAGGCCUUUGAGUCGCUGCCCCUGCCCGUCCUCAAGGCCGACUUCUUCCGGUACCUGAUCCUCCUCGCGCGCGGCGGCAUCUACAGCGAUAUCGACACGACGGCAUUGAAGCCCGCCGCCGACUGGCUGCCCGAAGCUCUCGAUCUGCGGUCCAUCAGCAUGGUCAUUGGCAUCGAGGCGGACCCGGACCGGCCGGACUGGCGGGAUUGGUACUCGCGCCGGAUCCAGUUCUGCCAGUGGACUAUCCAAGCUAAGCCGGGCCAUCCCAUCCUCCGCGACAUCGUGGCCUACAUUACGGAGGAGGCGCUGCGCAUGAAGAAGCAGGGCGUGCUCCAGAAGGGCAAGAUGGACAAGACCAUCGUCGAGUUCACCGGACCGGCUGCCUGGACGGACGCCGUCUUCCGGUUCUUCAACGACCCCGAGUACUUCGACAUCGAGUCGGGGUCCGACAACAUUACCUACGAGGAUUUCACUUACCUCGAGGACUAUCGCAAGGUGGGCGAUGUGGUGGUGUUGCCUAUUACUAGCUUCAGUCCGGGUGUGGGACAGAUGGGAGCGGGGGAUAUUGAGGAUCCGAUGGCGUUUGUGCAGCAUUCUUUUGACGGAACAUGGAAAACCGACCCGUCGCUAUAAUGCCUGAGUGCAUUUUCACAGCACUGUCUUCUCAUUGACCGAGCCCCGUUGACUCGGCGAGUAACAGACUCACGCGGCAGCCCUACGAGAUCUCUGUCGACUUUCGACGGACUGUACGAGGCUUCGGGACUCAACAGAGUAAGAGGGAUAAUAUCCCACACUCGGGUCUACUCUAGAAUAACCACACUCCCCCACAUCCACCACCCUCCAUCAACCGCCAAACCCGAACCAACACACCUCUACACAACUACAACUACAAUUACAACUACGAAUACAACCAUUACCUUCACCCGCCUUUAACCAAACAUCCCAUUCUCAUCAUCCAAAGCAAAACAACAACAGCGCCGCCAAAAAAGACAGACCAAAAAGCCUAAAACAUCAGCUUGAGAACUAAUUAUAUGCUCCGCUUUUUGCCGCAUGGACACGAGAAUGAAUGUACGAUGGGACUUCUUUUCUUUGUUUCAAACUUGAUAUGUGCUCUGCCCACCAGGAGUGGGUGCGCGCAGCCCAAAACAGCACAGCACAGCGCAGCAGCAGCAUAAAAGCAGCAUGUAGCCAGCUAGCCAGCUAGCUAACUGACUGACUGACUGGAUAUUGCCUACCUACCUCCUACCUCUUUACCUAAUGAUCUAUCAUUGAUUUAUCGAUUCACCCAUCUAUUUAAUAUCUUGGAUUCAUGGAUAGGAGGAGUAGUGUUGAAC